AUGGAAAAAGUAUUUUUAGCAAUGAUGGUGACUAUAAUUGUAGUCACAAUAGUUGUCAAGUUGUUGAAAUGCAUUUUGAAGAGAAGUAAAAAGCUAGUGGUUACUCAACAUGUGGAGUCCCCAACCACUAAUGGUCUUUACAAAUUCACAAUUGUUGAAAUUGAGAAUGCUUUAAACAUUGGUAAUAUGAGAAGAAGAAAGUGGAUAGCACAUGGAAGAAGAGGAGAGUUUUAUCAAGGGAUAUUACCAAGUGGACAAAAUGUGGCUAUUAAAGAGAUGCACAAAACAAAAGAUGCAAUGGACUCUUUUACUAGGGAAGUUGAGUGUCUAUCAAGAGCUAGACAUCCAAUCAUUGUUUGUCUAUUGGGUUUUUGUAAUGAAGAUGGAAAACACUUUUUGGUUUAUGAACACUCUUCUGGUGGAAAUCUAGCACAAUAUUUAAUCAGAGAAGACACUAUUUUGAGUUGGGAUGUAAGAGUUAAAAUACUAAGGGACUGUGCAAGUGCAUUCACAUAUCUCCAUAAUUAUAUUGAUGGCAGCAUCAUUCAUCGCCACAUUAAGCUUAGUAGCAUUCUUUUGAAUGAGACAUUGGAAGCAAAAAUAUGUGGAUUUGGUCAAUCAAAAAUGCUAGAAAUGAAAGAAAGCAAAGUAGGAAUGGAAGAAAGCAAAGUAUUUGGAGAUGUUUUGGAAAAUGGAAUAUACACAGACCCUCAAUACAAAAAGAGUGGUUUACUCACUUGUGCAACUGACGUUUAUAGCUUUGGAGUUAUAAUGUUGCAAGUCCUAUCUGGAAUAAAAAUUCCUCACUUCGAUGAAGAUGCCAGACACAUAUUAUUAACAAAGGCAAAGAAUGUGAAUAGUGGAAAGCUUCCAAUGUCGGAGUUUGAAGAUCCGAAAUUGAAAGGGAAACAAAUAAACGUCGAAGUAUUGAAAUCCACAUUGCAAAUUGCAGUAAAUUGUGUGUCUGAAACAAGAGAAGAGCGCCCAACAAUAGACAAAGUUUAUGAGGAGCUGAACAACACUUGGAGGCUCAUGACCAAUAAUGGUUGGCCUAUUAAUGUUCCUCCUCGUCAUGUCUAG